CGUCAGUUGUCAGUUGAUAUUGUUGUUAUUGUUUAUUAGGCGACUUUUGAACCUGACCAGAUUAAAAUCUGAAAAUGUUUUAGAAUUUAUUAUGACUCGCCUCAGAAUGUGAUCAAAUAUUUCAAAAGAGAAAUGGCAGAACUAUUGCAACGAAGUCGUGUUAUUAAUUUAUACAAAACUCUCAUACACCUUGGCAAAGACUGGCCAAAAGGUUAUGAAUUCUUCCGGAAACGUCUACAUGCAGCCUUCAUGAAAAACAGAGAAGAACGAGACCCUGAAAAAAUUGAAAAAAUGAUUGCCCACGGCGAGUUCGUAGCUAAAGAGAUUGAGGCCCUUUAUAUGUUGAAAAAAUAUAGAACUCUUAAGAGACGUUAUUAUGGUGAUAAAUAGUGAUUAUUAUUGAUUUGAAAUAUUUAAUAUCGAUAUAGUACUGUGUAAACAAAUAUAAUAUCUUCGCACUCCCCA